UGUGCCCAGAACGUGUUUAAAAAGCGAAAAAAUACGGAAACGAGUAUUCUUGAGUGCUACACGAUGGCAGUGAACUAUUUAUCUAGUGUUCCUCGGCUAACGGGUCGUGAAAAUUACUCAGAUUGGGCUUUUGCAGUGGAAAAUGUGUUCGUCCUUGAGGGUCUGACGAAAUGUCUUGAUGGCUCUGAGACAGAUUCUGUUGUAAUGAAAGUACCUCACUACAGGGAAAGAAAAUAUAUCGGACAUCGCACCGAGGAACAGACUCUGGAACAGAUGCAAACCGCUCGACAACUUAUAUUGAAUGGCCACAAAAUGAGAUUUGCUACUUUAAAGAACUUUAAACAGGGGUAUCAUAAGAAAGUUAAAAGACACCCAGUUAUCAAUUUAUGUAUUAUUUGCUCUUAAGUGUCCUUUUUUAAGAGAUUAACACACUUUCUAAGAUUAGAUUUUAAUAUCUUAUAACUAUAUAUUUAGCAAUAAACUAUCGAAGUGCAUGAGUUAGAAAAAAAUAUCCCACUAUGAUCUACCCCCACCCCCUUCUUUUUUGAAUAGGAAAGAAGCGAAAUAGCUAAAUUAUAAAAUA